UCGAAAGGAUCCCUUGUUGACACAAAUCUCAACUAGUCGGUUUCGUGUAAGAAUCAAAAUUCCAAAUCCGUUUCCUUUUCAAAUUCUAAUCUGUUAAUAAUUCAUUCGUUCUACUCUCUCGACUUUGAUAGCCCAUUUAACCUGUAAUUCAUUACAAUCCAAUCACAGCAACAGCAAGCUUUCAAUUCCAUAGCCUCUUUUUCUUCUUUUGGAGAGAGCGAAAUUUGAGUCUUGCCAUGGCCAAUAAUUCAUACAAGAUUCAAAAUCGCUUGGAGAAGAGGAAGGCAGAAUCCACCCGCAUGAGAGAGAAGUAUCCUGAUAGAAUACCAGUUAUUGUUGAGAAGGCAGGUAGGAGUGAUGUUCCUGACAUUGAUAAAAAGAAAUAUCUCGUUCCUGCUGAUUUGUGCAUUGGCCAGUUUGUUUAUGUGGUCCGGAAGCGGAUCAAGCUCAGUGCUGAGAAGGCUAUUUUUGUCUUUGUCGACAACAUUCUGCCUCCCUCAGCUUCAUUGAUGUCGAAAAUUUACGAGGACCACAAGGAUGAAGACGGGUUUCUUUACAUGACUUAUAGUGGCGAGAACACAUUUGGAUCGUCAGAAAAUCAUUAACAAGCGAUUUCUUCCUUCAAUUUAGCAAUUUACAUUUGGUACAAAGUAGAUGGUGUUUUAUUUUGGAUGGUUAUUAUAUUUGACGUAGAUGAUUCUUUCAAGUUUCGAUUAGUUUAGAUUAGACUUUUUUGAGUAGAAUCUUGUGGCUGAUUCAAUGCUUUAGCUGUUUGGCCAUCCAAGAAUCAUCAACUUGGCUUUUU